AUGAAUUCUCUCGACAAUGAAGAGUGGACCCCUUCAGAGAGAAAGAGGUUCGACGAGGCGCUCUCCGAGAUCGACUUCCAUGAGCCAAAUUGGCUAGAGGAGCUCGCGCAGAGGUUUCCGACCAAGACCAUGCGCCAACUUAGGGACCAAUAUGUUGACCACAUCGUGGACAUGCAAUGUACGUACAUCGAGCGAUCUAUGCCGCUGGAGUACGUGAACCCUGUUGACAUGUUAGAGAACGAUAACUUUGGCUUGCCAGUUACAGAGGAGGGAGAAGAAUCGCAGUCCUUUGAAGCCGCAUUGAUGGAGGCCACCACGAAGAUGAGCGACGCAAAAUCACUGUCACCGCAGAGCAUAAAUAAGUUGGUGAGUGAGCAUUUAGGAAUAGUAGGAGUAGACGCGGAGGAGAAGGAAAAGGUAGGAGGACAAUUUGGUGCAAGAACAUCCACUAAAGGAAAACCUUGGACUGAGGAGGAGCAUAGGUUAUUCCUGAUUGGUUUAAGUGUGCAUGGGAGAGGUGAAUGGAGGACCAUAGCCAAGAACUUUGUCAUCACAAGAACACCAACUCAAGUGGCUAGUCAUGCACAAAAGUACUAUAACAGGAAACUGGUGUUAAAGGAAAAGCGUCGACAUAGUAUACAUGACAUCAGAAACAUGGAGGACAAUGUCGAGGGUGCCUUAGAGAAAAGCUUAUGUGAACGGGUCAGGCCGACGAAAACUUAUAGUGUCGGCACUAAAACCAACCAAAAAAAGCCAACAUCGAGUGCAACAACAACUCAAGGCAUCGGUUCGUUGUCCCUUUCACCGAUCAGAGCAACUACUCUUUCGGAGCAAUUGGUUCGCAGCGGUAAUUUCUUAUCUGAUGACGAGAUUGUUCGAUCGCCUUUCGAUACUUAUAUUGAUCAGGGUUCUUCAAGCAUCUGGCCCCUUUGA